CCAUGCAACAACAAUUUCAGAGGCUGGACAUCAUGUUUGGUGAGAUUAAAGAUAAAAUGGAGAAGCAAGAUGCAGCGAUAGCCAAGUUAUACCAAGCACAAAAUGGAAGUCCGAAUUUGCGUAGGAAUGAUGCUAAUGAUGAUUUCGAUGACGAUUAUAAAGAUGCAUUCAACAAUGAUGCCCGAAACUCAAAUUUCAGCAUGGACAGAAUUAUGAGAGAUAGAGGGGGCCAAAGAGAGCAAAAUCUGACAAGGUGGGGAGAUCGGCAAGAUCGUGACUUAGGUAGCAUCAAGAUGAAGAUUCCUCCGUUUCAAGGCAAGAAUGAUCCAGGGCUUACUCAAGGGUCCAAAAGCGUUGAGGAUUAUCACAAAGAGAUGGAAAUCGCAAUGGUUAGAGCGAAUGUGGAAGAGGACAGAGAAGCAACUAUGGCACAGUUUCUGCAUGGCUUAAAUCGUGAUAUAGCUAAUGUGGUAGAGCUGCAGCAUUAUGUGGAAUUAGAAGAUAUGGUACCUAUGGCGAUGAAAGUAGAACGGCAACUCAAGCGUAAAGGAGCCAACAGCAGAACUGGGCAAAAUUCAGGUUCCUCAUCUUCUUGGAAACUGAAUUGGAGCAAAAAGGAAGAAAAUUCUGCUUUUAAGCCUAAAACUGCAGCAUCCAAGUCAAAAGAAUUUGGCAGCAAUGAGAAGAGUAAAACAGAUAACACGCAAGGUAGAAACCGAGACAUCAAGUGUUUUCGAUGCUUGGGAAAGGGGCAUGUUGCAUCGCAAUGUCCUAAUAAGCACACGAUGAUCUUGAGAGAAGAUGGAGAAAUUGAAACCGAGGGUGAAUCUGAUGAUGAAUCUAUGCCACCAUUAGAAGAUGCUAAUGAUGGUGUGGAAUAUGCUGUUCAUGGAGAACUGCUUGUCACUAGGCGAGCUUUGAAUAUGCAAGCCAAAGAAGAUGAUGAAGUACAACGUGACAAUAUAUUUCACACAAGGUGCCAUGUCAAAAACAAGAACUUGAAGAACUGGGAAGAGUGUUUGCUGCACGUUGAAUUUGCUUAUAAUUGGAGCGUCCAUUCAGUAACUAACUGUUCACCAUUUGAAGUUGUGUAUGGUUUUAAUCCACUCACUCCUUUAGAUUUAUUGCCUUUACCUAUUGACGAACAGGCUAGUUUGGAUGGGAAAAAGAAAGCUGAAGUGGUUAAGCAACUGCGUGAGAGGGUGCGACAAAACAUUGAGCGACUAACUGAGCAGUAUGCAAAACAAGCCAACAAAGGACGCAAGAAAGUUGUAUUUGAACCUGGAGGUGACGAUUUGAGGACAAAUCCUUUUGAGGAGAGAGGGAAUGAUGGGAAUCAAGACGACAGCAUAUCUACUAUGUCAUGUGAUCCAUUACACACCCAAGGAGAUCCAGUCACGCGAGCUAGAGCUAAGAAGAUGCGUGAAGCUUUAAAUGGCCUUAUUGAGCAGAUCCGGGUUGAAAACAACAUACAACAAGCAAAUCGAAGCUUGGAUGAUUAUCAAGGCAUGGUAAACAUCAUUCAGGUUCAAGAGAAGCUUAGUUGAAGUCAUUUGCACGGAAUUACACAGUUUGCGUCAAAAUCGCACAAUUCUGCCGCAAUUUGUAGCAAAUUGAUAUUUCAUGUUAUUUUAGGUUAUUUUUAGUAAUUUUCACGUUUUUUGUCUUAUUUUUGGGCUGAACAUUUACUUAUUUGAUGCCCAAUUCGUGGUUAUUAGGUUUAGGACUUAGGGUGUUAAUUUCCUAUUCUGAUUAGGAUUUGUUUUCUCUAUUUAAAAGGCUUGUAACCCUAAUGGGGAGGAGCAGAUUGAAUCU